AAGAACUGGCAAAUCUCCCUCAACAAAGAACUUAGCCUUAAAGGAUUUGUAUAACAAAUAUUAUCGUAAUCGCUUAAGGCUCAAGUCACACAAGUUCAUUGAUUCCACCUUUCUAAUUACGAGGAUGGAAGUUUCCGGCGUCGUCCUCCGACAAAUUCCAUGUGUUUCUUCAGGUUCCGUUGCAGGUCUCCGAUUAGUAUCGGAAUUUUCCGGUAAUACCAGAACGGUAGGGUUUCGAACCAGAAGAUUUCGUGGUAUUGUGUGUAAUAAUGAGUUUGCGGAUAAAGGGCAUGUGAAUUACUAUAUCGAGCCAACGAGAUGCGGCGAGGAGAAAGAGAAGGUUAAGGUUAUGGAGAAGGAGAAGAAGGCGUUGAAGAAGAAGGCGAAAGUUCUUAAAAGUCUUUCUAAGAACUUGGAUAUGUUCUCUAGUAUAGGGUUUGGUCUUGAUCCUGAAGCUGGUUUGGUUGGUGAGAUUCAGACCAAGACAAUCUCGGAAGCUACAGAGAUAUUGGUUAAGCAGCUGGAGCAGUUGAAAGCAGAGGAGAAGAUAUUGAAGAAACAGAGGAAAGAAGAGAAGGCUAAAGCCAAAGCCAUGAAGAAGAUGACUGAAAUGGACUCUGAAUCAUCUUCUUCGUCUGAAUCAAGUGAUAGUGAUUGUGAUAAAGGCAAAGUUGUGGACAUGAGCUCUUUAAGAAACAAGGCUAAACCGGUUCUUGAGCCGUUACAACCAGAAGCCACAGUAGCAACCCUUCCUAGGAUCCAAGAGGAUGCAAUUUCUUGCAAGAACACCAGUGAAGCAUUGCAGAUUGCUCUACAAACAUCCACAAUUUUUCCUUCAAUGGCCAAUCCUGGACAGACAUUGAAGACGGUAGAAGCGGUUUCAGUGGUUGGAUUACCAUUGAAUAGAGUAGAAGUGUGUAUGGGAGGGAAGUGUAAGAGAUCAGGAGGAGCUUUGUUGUUGGAUGAGUUUCAAAGGGCGAUGACGGGUUUCGAAGGAUCUGCUGUGGCUUGCAAGUGCAUGGGGAAGUGUCGUGAUGGCCCAAACGUUAGAGUUGUGAAGGAGACUGAUGCUGUGAUGACUGAUUCAGUUAGGACACCAUCCAAGACCCUUUGUGUAGGAGUUGGAUUGCAGGAUGUGGAAACUAUUGUGACAAGUUUCUUUGAUGAAGAAUGUAGCAGAGAAGGACUCGGUUCUGUCUCAUAUUGA